CUGUACGGUGUCACGUGCGCAGUAUUUUCGAUCAAUUAAUCGGACGAUCCGUUCGACGCGCGAAAAUUGCCGGCGAAACGAAAACGAAAAGGCGAACGGUGCGUAAUCGUGAACAUAUCGGAUUACCCUUUCUCGCGAGGUCUCGUGAGGCAGGGAACUAAGCAGAACGCAAUGUCAGCGGCGGUGAGGGAGAGAACGACAACUCGCACCAGCAGAAAGAUCGUGAGUCAUGGCAGUCCUAUAUCUGGCCAGAGCCAGGUUGCAACCACGGCCAACAGCCUCGAAAACAACUUAGAUGCACUUCUAGAAGACCUGCAAACAAGUGUAUCAAGAAGUGCCACCCCAAGUCGAGGAGGCAGAGCGCUGUCACCCCAAGUGGAGUAUCGCGUGGCUGCAAAUCCAACCAAGGUGGUUUCUGAAGUCAGGCCGAUUUCGCCGAGUCAAACGGCUAUGAGUACCACAGAAAAAUACGUAAGCACCGGACCAAGCGGUGCACCGAGUGGUAUACCUGGUUUAGAAUUCAUCGAUUCGGAACUACAGAACGUGCAGCCCGGUCAGAGCAAAACGAUCGCUUACAAACAGGUGUCGUAUCAGUACAACAAGAGCCUCGAUGGCAAGCCAGUUGAUUCUUGGGCAACCUCGGACAAUGCUUUGACCAAUAACAGUUCGGCCUUGAUUGAUGAUAUUCGGGAAAGAACUUACGAAGAAAGUACACUACAUCGUGGUGCAGAACCUGUUGGUAGAACAGUCAACAGAGAACUAGUAUACAAUGACAAUUGUACAUCUCGUUCGAAACAGACUUCACCUCUACCAGGUGUACAGAGAGACGUGAAAUAUGUUCACGAAUCUUCGAACUAUCAAACGGAACCAGUGGAGUAUAUACCAGUUCCAUCAUCAACAGCAGCGAUCCCCAUCAAUCUGGCACCAGGUCCAAAUACAAAAGUCACAACUACCAUUAAAACGUACACAUACGAGCUACCAGGGGCGCCUGAAACGUAUCUACCAAGUGGGAGUGUGCCAGGAACCGUUGUGCUGCCAGGUGACCAAACUAUAACGUACACGUUGCCGAAAGGCAGCAACUCGACGACAGACAAAACGGUCACCUAUCAAACCGUGACUGAAAACGUUCCAUCCGGAACACCGAUUAGGUAUGGUAGUCCAACACCAGUGGUGGAUAUUUCCAAAAAGUCCACGACGCUGCACCAAGAAUCGAAAUUCUUCCGCGAAGAACACCACGGAGGCCAGACUGGACAACCAACAACAAUCGUUUACCAUCCCGGCUCUCCAAGUCAGGAAAGUAAAACAGCCGUAAUGCGAAACGAAAAGUACUACCAGGUUGAUGGUAGUUAUCCGACUGGCUACCCCGGUGACAGACCAGAUCAUCCAGGGACCACCAUUAUUUAUCAAAAUCAGCCACCCACGAUAAACGAGACUCACACUACCAUAAAUCGGAUCGAGGAACACUAUCCCAGCAGACCGCCAUCCAGCGGACGAUACCCGACACCUGAUAAACCAGGAACACCGGUUAAUUAUUACACCUCGCCGCCGCAAACCACCCCACCGCAAUCUACCACGACGAUAUAUAAAUUCUCGAACACGACCACGACCGUAAAAAAGCUGGAAGACCUCAUGGCAUCGUUCUCCGACUCCGAGCGCGAAGUGUUAGAGGACAUUGAAAAACGAGAAAAGAGGCAUCCAAAAGAAUCAACUAUCGUUAAAAAGGAAGUUGAUUUUAUACCCCAUACACCACCCAAAGUGAAGAGUAAAAACGUUGCCGGACCUCCGGUUUAUUAUCCUCCUGGAUCCGCGGAAUUUACUAAAAAAGAAGAGGCGAGUAUGGCAAUGUCACAAGCUGGGGGAGGUUGGCAAAAGGAAAGUGCAAAAUACGAAUACGAAGCUUCAAGUAAAAGCAAAUCGAAAUCCAAGAGCGGCGGGGCUGUCGUACCCGUGUGUCUUCCCCUUUGUUGUGCCAUGCCGUGUGUAAUUAUGUAACUUAUUAAUAUUAAUAUGUUAAAAUCUACUAUGUUAAUUGGUACGAGAAUGUACCUGUAUGUAUCAGUCUUCCGUUAUUUGCGUAACAUGAAAGUUAAAUAACUAUUAUCAAUAACUAAAAGAUGAAAUGGUAAACAGCAAACAAAUGCCAUUAAAAAAAUUAUUUUUAACCAAAAUAGUCAUACAAAUUGUAUGUUUUAUGUA